AUGAUGAACAUAUUAGCUCUGGGUCUUGUGCUAACGUCACUGGUUACAGGGGCGAUGUGGUCACCUCCUUCCCCUCCGUCUGACCACAGCGAGGUUAUUGUGAAAGAAGGCCACCGUGUGGUCGUUGUUGAAUACGAAAAAGAAGCCGACGGCCACACCAAGGUGUUAAUUUCACCACAAGAUACCUCUAAUGCCUCCGGCGAGAAGAAGCAGAAGCAGGCGGUGGAGGAGGAUGAAGCGGAUCAAGGGAAGUUCUCUGGUCCAAGAGAGCUUGUUUGUGAUGCUUUUGGUAAGUGCAAGCAUAAGAUUGCACAAGCUCUUGGGAAAACAAAAGACACGGUUUCGGAAACAGCCCAUGGAAUGGAAGAACAUGCGAAGGAUGCUGCGAGAGGGGCCGUAGGAAAGGCCAAAGAUGCAGAAGAACGUGCAAAAGAGGCUGUGAAUGAAGUAUAUGAGAAAGGCGAAAAUCUCAAAGACAAAUUAUCUGAAAAGGUCACGGGCCAUACGAUUGGAGAGUCUUUAGGCAAGGCCAAGGACAGCGUGGCUCAUGGAAUCGGUAAGGCGAAGAAGGUCGCAGAGGAUGUUGUGGGCACUGUAAAAGAUGGCGCUCUCAAGGUAAAAGACUUCGAUGUAGUGGAUUCACCAAAACGAAUAGGAGAAGAUAUACAGAGAAACGUGACAGGGAAAGUUGAAGAAGGUGCUCAACAUAUGAUGAAUCAAGCCAAGGAAACUGCAGGGAAUGUGCAGAAGGUGGGGCAAAAGAGUUUCGGUGAAAUUCUGAGCAAGUUAAAAGAGGUGACAUAUGAUGUAUUAUGGUACAUGGUGUCUCCUGAUAAGGUGGAUGCAGUGAUUGGGUUGAUUCAUAUGCUGGGGUUCUCAACCGCAUACGGUAUGUGCGUGUGGGUGACCUUUGUUUCAAGCUAUAUUUUGGGGAGGUAUCUGCCACGUCAGCAGUUUGGGAUGGUACAAAGCAGGAUAUACCCGGUGUACUUCAAGACCAUGGCUUAUUGUGUUUCCGCUGCUUUGUUAGGGCAUGUAGCGAGUCAAACGAAGCAGAUUUUCUCCAGCUUGGGGGAGAUGUUUCAGGGUUUAAGUCUACUUUCUGCCCUCUUGAUGGUUUUGACAAACAUGAUCUGGUUGGAACCUAGAGCAACUAAGUUGAUGUAUGAAAGAAUGAAGAUAGAGAAAGAGGAAGGGAGAGGCAUAGCGGGUGCAGCUAAAGAGGGGAUAGAAGAUGCAGGUGGUACUACGGUGGCCAGACCUCCAGCACAUAUAGUAGCGGAGAGGGAAGAUGUUUUGAGGUUGAACGAGAAGCUCAAGAGGUUGAAUACAUACUCAUCUGCCUUCAAUGUGUUGACGCUAGUGGGCCUCACGUGGCAUAUGGCUUACAUGGGCCAACGGCUUCAAGCUACACGCUAG